AUGAUUUCCGACCCGCACUGGACUCGAUCUGAUUCUUCUGAUGACAAAGGCUUGAGAAAAGAGUGGCCGCUUUUCAUAGAAUGCGAACGAGGCGACCUCCAAAAGGGUACUAUUUCAAAAAAUUUUAAAUUUUAAACGGUUUUUAGUGAAGGAGCUCUGUGAGAAUGGCGCUAAUGUUAACCAACGCAAUGACGAGGGCUUGACCUGUUUGAUGGUUCCUGAUUUUUCCUUUUGGAGGUCGAAAGAGGCGGUUUCUAUUUAUUGAAAUUACGCGGCUCACAAGGAUCUUCCAGGAAGCAAUCUUCAGAUAUCUGGUCCAGCAAGGCUUAUCAGUGGACGCUGUAACCUCGAAUGGUCACUGAAAGCGUUGUCUGUUAAUAAAAGGAAGUUUAUGAAUUCAGGACGAAGUGCGCUUCAUUUUGCAGUUGAAGAAGUUAAUUAUUAUUUGGUGAAACUACUUAUUUCUGAAGGCGCCAAAAAUUUUCGUGAUGAAAACGGAGAAACUCCACUUUUUAAAGCAGCCUUGAGGGCACCACGGUGUGAUGUCUCUGUAAGCGAACAUUUCAGAAGUGAAAUUUGAAUUUCUAUUCACAUUUGGGCGGUGGAACAUUUUUAGAUUCAUUCCAAAAACGAUUUGUAAACUCAGAAAAAAUGUGGGAAUUUUUUUAAAAUUUUUUCAGAACGAUAUUUAUCAUCUCCUGAUGAAUUAUGUUGAAGAUAAGAAGGUGAAACAAGACGCAGUACUUCUCAGAGCUGCGGUGAACUAUAUCCGUGAUCCUGGAAAUCAAAGUCUUAAUGAGUUUGCAAUGACGUUAGUGGCAGCCCACAGUUCUGAGCAGGUUGGUUUUAAAUACAAUUUUGUUUUUUCAAAUAACUUAUUGAGAAUUCUUCAAGUUUUGAUUUGCUAGUGAAAUGGUUAUGGAUAACCAGGUUCAGAAGAAUUCUUUUCGUGCAAACUUUUCGGGCUUGAUCAGUUCAAAGUGACGGCGCUUCAAAGUAUCAAUGAAUUAGUCUUAAAAAUUUUCUCAUAUUAUCUUGAAAAUUGAGCAGUUUUCGUGUGCCUGCGUCUCUCUGUUCCCACUUCGCGUUAAAUCGCAAACCGCUACUCCCUGACGUCAUCCCUAUGACAUCAUCUUCAUUUGCAAAAUUCGCACACGCAGCCAUAUCAUUUUAUUCAUUUUUUACGUUCCAAUUUAUAAAAUUAGAUUCGACGUGAAAACUUUUCCGGUCACAUGAGAAACAGAAAGAUAUCACACUUGAAAAUCCCCUUUUGAUCGGAAAACUUUUUCAUUCUUUUAUUUUCUUACUUUUUUUAGAAACCUUUUAAAGGUUUGGAAUAAUCCGAGGCGUCGAGGCCCACGCUUACGCAUAGAAUGCUCCUUUAAAAUUUUUUCUUUUUUUUUCACAUAUUUUUUCGCUAAGCGUAUCAAGUUUGCAAAUCGUUUAGAGCUAUCAGGUAGUGUUAUUAGUGUCCACGUUUCAAAACUAAAUGCCUUUUAUGUCAAGUAUUCAUUUAUUUGACGAAUUUUUCACUGUGGCCCAGUUUUUUCGAAGCGAGCCACAGUCGGCUUCGCGCUAUGCGCGCUCCGCCUCCGUGUGAAGCCUUAAAACUAAGCCUAUUUUCUUAAGUAAGGCAUGAACCUGUAGGCGCAGUUUUAACGCAAAGGCGCAAUUCAGGCUCCUCCCAUUCUUCAAUUUUUUCAAUCUCAAUUUCAAUUCAUAUCAAUUUAUUCAGUCUUCAGAGUAAGUUGAAGAAAAUCUCUGCUGAAUCAUGGUAUAAUCGAAGAGUUAGUCGUCGGCGCGGGUGACGGUCCACAAUCGUUGUCGAAUACGUCCCGGCGUGACAGCUAGCGUUGGGAAAUAAUGUGGGCCCGCUGGUAGUACCAGCGAAUAAACUGCUUCACCAUGUUGGAACAGUACAGCGCCCAGCUUGUCCAGGGCUAACGGGCGUCGGAAUAUUAUCCCAUGAGAGAGCGGCAAAGAGACCGACCAGUCGACGUGAUGAAAUGAGAUAAUAAUAAUCUGCUGAAUGACGUUCACGUGAAAGAAAUGAAUAUAUAGCCAAACAUUUCGAUUACGCUUAUUUCUAGUGUUACGAAUGGUGUCAUGAAAUGACGUCAGGGAGUAGCGGUUUGCGAUUUAACGAAAACUCUCUGUUCCCUCAUCAGCGAGCUCACAGAAAAGCUAAAAUAGCGCGUCAACAUGAGAGAGUCCUCGAGAGAAGAGGAUAGCGCAGAGAAGUCCCGCCCUUUCAAGUCGCAAAAAAACUGACUAUUUGUAAUAAUGAAAGAUUCAUUCAAGAUCAGGAUUAUAGGGAAGUGACGACGAGGAAGAGGUCGAACUGAAUCCGGCCUACGAUUUUCUUCGAGAAGCUCGCUCUUCGGACGAAUUUGAUGCAGCUCGAGAUUUGGAGAGAUUUACCAGCCUACAAGUUCUUUAUUAGAUUGACUGGAAAAUAUCAAUACGUGAACAGAAAAAAGAACAGAUCAAAAUUUGUAUGUAUUCGGAUAAAAAUGGUCGCAUGUGCUUUCAAGAUAACUACAAUAUAAGUUUUUUCUUUUUAUUUAUCGAAAUUUCAUCUCCAAAACCAUCUGAAAAUUGAAUUCGAUAAACAGAUCUUCCUAUACAUUUCCCAUUUUAAGAGGGGACCAUUUGUACUUUUUUUGUUUUUGGGUUCACACGCGCUUGAGUCUCUAAACAGUCAAGACUCAGAAAAAAACGCAUCAUUUUUUUUUUCUAGUGCUUCAUCGUCAUGGAAAGAAUCCUCACGCAGCGUCAUCCAGACAUUCCGGGAAUGCUUCAUGGCUACUUUUCCUAUGGAGCCUGUAGAAAUUUCCACGAUCCUCGGUUUGCGUUGGAAUUCAUUUGAAAAAUAACGUUAUUUGGUCAAAAAAAAUUUUAUUGAUUUUCAACAACGUUUUUUUCGAGCCUUUCUUCUUCAUUUUCAGAAAUGUUGCGCUCUUACGCCACGUGGUCUUCCUGGACCAAAAGUGAUUUCUUAUAUUUUUUCAUGUUUCGAUUUGAACGCUUAAGAUACGCAGAACCGUUCUCGGACACGUUAUUUUAUGUCCUUCGAGAUGUCUUCGAACAUGUUAUCACUUGGAAAAAUCGUUUUUCAUCAGAGGGUUACGAAGAAAUACCACCUGAAGUCGUCGAGUUGACUAAAUUUUUGUUCGACCAGACUUGCUGUGCCUUGGAAAAGGUUAAUAGUUCGUUUGAAGAGAAAAAAAAAGAAGUUUUUGAUAUUCAGGCUCACAGGGAAGUCAUGAAAAAUGGCGCAAGAUCGUGGAAAUGUGUACGAUUUGUCCGACUUCCCGUGGCUCUAUUUGCUUCGGUUUAUGCUUGUGAUUGUUUAUAAGAUGAGGAAAAAAAAAAACAGAUAUCAGAAAAUAUAAACUCAAAGUGAUCGAAUAAAGUUUCAUGAAUAGACUUUUCAAAAAUACUGUUCUUUAUAAAGUUUUUUGAUCUACUUUAGCGGAUCUUUUUUGGUUUUUCGUCCAUAACUUCGGCAAAAAUAGGCAUUUUGACCUGAAAUUCAAACCAAUAGAGAAAAAAAUGAUGUUAUUGACAGUUUGAAAAAAAGUUUUCAACCGAUUCAAAAAAAUUUCAAAAAAAUUAUAUAGAGAAUCAUUGGGAUCUUCUUCCAUUUGCUUUUUACGAAAUUUUUGGGCCUAAAGAAUCUUUUUCAACAACAAGAUUCUUCGAAGUUUCAGGUCAAAAAAACCGUUUUAAACAAAGUUAUAAACCAAAAAAAUAUUUAAUCAUUUUCGCUACUGUGUUUAUUUCAUUUUAGAUUCGACAUUUCGGCUGCGAAAUCGACGAUAAAGAGAAAAUGAAAGUCGUCGGUUUUGACGUCAGUUUAGAAACUUGCAUUUUCAGACUUCUACAUCGAAAGUUAUGUUCAGGUUCUCCGGUUCGUGAAAGCCAGCAAACUACUGCACGUUCCCCUUUUCCAUUUAGAAACCUUUUCCCGGUUUUAACUUUUCAUAAUCAACAAAAAAAAAAAAAUUGAUUCAGCUUGCCUUUUUUGGUCCCAUUUUUCGUCCAAGCCGGCGCGAAUAUCAACGAAAAAAAAGUCGACGGACGGACGGCGCUCGCUGGACAUCUCUACUUUUGUUUCAAAAAGGCAGCGCGCACGUCUGAGUUUGCCAACAACUUCUUUGUGUCCCCACACUGUUUCUUUCAAGCCGCUGGGAUCUUGUACGGAAAUUGAUUUCAUGCGGAGCGCGCCUUUUCGUUCGCAGCCAUGAAGAUCGCCAAGUUUUCCGCCUUUUGCGACCAGGCACGAUGAAACGUUAUUCAAUGAGCCUUGGUGAGCUUUUUUUGUGAAAUAGUCGUUUCUCACUGAGCAGUACUCUGACAUGGGGCGCCAAAAAAUCGCCACAUCUCUGACACACACUAUUUCGUUGUUGUCUAGCUGCGAGAAAACGACGAAAUAGUGGAGGUGAGAGAAACAGUUGGGGCGCCUCAAGUCAGAAUAUCUGAUUCGAGCCGCUGUGAAAAAAAGAAAUUGAAAAUACUUAUAGAGCCUAAGGAAUCCAGAGCGGUCCCUAUAGGGGCCCUCAAAGGGCCGCCUCUCGGAACCGUAUUACCAACCCCUAUAGGGUCCACUAACGUUUGCAACAGUGGCCCCUAUAGGGGACAUGCUCGUCGAUAAUUUUCAUGAACUCUAUGCGAAGAAGCAUUUCCAUACGAAAAACUAAAAAAACCUUUUUCGAAAAAAAUUUAACGGCCCCUAUAGAGACCACUUAACUUUUAGGGGCUAUGGGGUCAGAUCCUAAACCCCUGUAGGAACCCCAUUAAUUUUGGUGGUAUGAAAAGUACACCAGCGAAAAUGCAAACGGCGACUUUUCCGAUUUUUUCAUAUCGCUAGGGAACUUUCCGACGGCCACCUUUCCGACGAAAUUUUUCCGACUUUUUUCCUUUAUAUUUUUCGGUUUAUAAGACAUCUAUUUAUUUUUUUUUUCCCUAUGUAUUUGUGUUUUAAUCAUGAACCAGCUACCUACUUUAUAUAGAAAGAUUCAAAACGAAGAUUUUAUCGAGAAAAAAAGUAGGAAAAAGAUUCGUCGGAAAGGUGGCCGUCGGAAAGUUCCCUAGCGAUACGAAAAAAUCGGAAAAGUCGCCGUUUGAUUUUUCGUUGGUGUUUUUUUCAUACCACCUUAAUUUUACCCCUAUACGGACUAAUUUUUCGGCCCCUAUAGAGACUGUUUUUACUCAUAACCCUUGUAGGGACCACUCUAAACAUCCGAAGAGAGGCAGCACAUCUUCCGGACGCUUCCAAGUGA